GCUCGAUGUGGGUUAGGGAGUCCGGAAGGGGAGCAUGAACCAGUCCACCAAGGAGACGCCGCAGUACCAAACUUUGAAGCGGAUCCAAAAGACCUUCCUGGUCCGCUGCAACGAAUCCUUGACGAAGAUCAUUCCUGGCAAUGGAGUACGCCCUGCAAGCCAGAUCAGGCGCCUCGAAAAGCAAUUGAAGGAGAAACGGGAAGAGCUUGGCAAGCUGGCGGAGCAGGAGUUGCUGAGUCAUAUGGCCAUGGCUGGAGCCAGGAAGAAGGCCGCUGAACAACAAGAAGUUGCCAAUAAGCGGGCGAAGAUGGCCGAAGAGAUAAAAGAAAUGGAAAGGCAGCUGAACGAGCUGGAACUGCGGUGAGUCUGUGACGCUUUGAUUAUUGGCACUUGAUGCGCAACUGCAUCUGCCACGGAUUGGGGUGUGAGGGUGCCCUGUUCCCAAGCUGAACGCCACAGAUGUGGCAGAGAUAACGCCAUCUCCGGAGCGUCUAAAGACGCGAGAUGCUGUGAAUGGUUUGGAUAU